UUAUGGGACCGUCCAUCUCCUUGACAGAAACUUCACCAUCCGGUUCAUGCCUAUCCCCAUCAUCGAUGCGUCUCAGGCUCUCAAAGCCAGCCCAGAGAAGACUGAGGAUGCCCUGCUCAAGAUUGAGAACUACCUGUUCCGGAACCAUGAGACUCGUCAAUACCUCCAGGAGCAGGCCUACCGCCUCCAACAGGGCAUCGUUACCACCACCACUCAGCAGAUGAUUGACAGGAUCUGUGUGAAAGUCCAGGACCAUCUCAACUCCCUGAGGAACUCAGAGACAGACGUGGUCUUAGACGACGUCAAGACGGCUGAAAACCUGAUGAAGGAUGCCAGGAACUCCAAAACGCUGCUUCCUAACCUGUACCACCUGGGAGCAGCGUCCAGAGAAGAGGUCAACGGUCAGUCAGUAGGACCCAUCCAGGAGAAACUGGAGUCCAUGGCUGGAGAGGUGGCCAGGGUCAUGGAUGAACAGCUACAGGGUCUGUUGGAGUCCAUGGUGGAUGCUGCGGAGGGUCUCUGUCCCCAUGUGAUGAGGAAGACUAACCUUCGUCAGGACCUGAUCAAAGCCAGCACAGCUAAGAUGGUGGUUCCCCGUAGCUUCGUCAAGAACACCCUGCUGGAACAGUCUGGAGUCGACAUCAUCAACAAGAUCAGGUGAGACUAGAGUUGUAUCAUGUGUUUAUAUGACAAGACACUCCACUCCACACUAAUGAUGUCCAGACUUCAUUAAAAAACUCAACAUUAUUUUUACUGUUGUCCUGAAAUCACUAACCUCCAUGUCCUUGUUCUCUUGGCUGAAUGAACUAUGACCUCUGGCUGACAAGCCUGAGUACAAUGAGAAGCAGAAUCCUAGU